CCACUGGAAGCUUUGGAACAGAGCUUUCGGGACAUUCUGGCGCAAUCUGCCAAGCCCGAACUUGCGCGCUUCAUGUCGCAGAAGCUGCAGGCGAUUUGGGGCAUUGCACCACUGCUACAUGAAAUGGGCCCCAACUUUGCAGACACGUGUCACAGAGCUUUGCUGACCAGCAGUCGUCCUGAACCUCUGAUUUCUGGCGUCCUCUUGCGGGCUUCCCUACAGCUGUUAAAAGCAGGGAUCAGGCCCUCCAGCGGCGCCAUGGUGCGAAGCUUGGCUCUUCGGGCCAAACUGGCCUGUGGAGCAGGCG